AUGACCAUGGCCGCCCCUGUCCCGCCUGUCCUCAAGCGGCGGGGCAAGCAGGACGAAGAGGAGGAAUGGAUGGGGUACCUGGCUCCGGAGAAGCUGGAAGUGCUGGCGCACCUGGAGCCGUGGGCGGAGGCGCACGUGCUGCCGCUGCUGAAGCCGGCAGAGGAAGCGUGGCAGCCGUCGGACCUUCUCCCGGACCCGGCGGCGCUGGGAGACGAGGGCUUCCACGCGGCGUGCCGCGAGCUCCGCGCGCGGGCGGCCGGCGUGCCCGACGCGCACCUCGUCUGCCUGGUGGGCAACAUGAUCACGGAGGAGGCCCUGCCCACGUACCAGAGCGUGCCCAACCGCUUCGAGGCCGUGCGCGACCUCACGGGCGCCGACGCCACCGCCUGGGCGCGCUGGAUCCGCGGCUGGUCCGCCGAGGAGAACCGCCACGGCGACGCGCUCAGCCGCUACAUGUACCUCUCCGGCCGCGUCGACAUGCGCCAGGUCGACCGCACCGUGCACCUCCUCAUCGCCUCCGGGAUGGCCAUGAACGCCGCCAGGAGCCCCUACCACGGCUUCAUCUACGUCGCCUUCCAGGAGCGCGCCACGGCGAUCUCGCACGGCAACACGGCGCGCCACGUCGGCGCGCACGGCGACCACGUCCUCGCGCGCGUCUGCGGCGCCAUCAUGGCCGACGAGAAGCGGCACGAGGCGGCCUACACGCGCAUCGUCGGCAAGCUCUUCGAGGUCGACCCGGACGCGGCCGUGCGCGCGCUGGGCUACAUGAUGCGCCGCCGGAUCACCAUGCCGGCCGCGCUCAUGACCGACGGCCAAGACGCCGACCUCUACGCGCACUACGCCGCCGCCGCGCAACAGACCGGCGUGUACACGGCCUCCGACUACCGCGGCAUCCUGGAGCACCUCAUACGGCAGUGGCGCGUGGAGGACCUCGCGGCGGGGCUCUCCGGCGAGGGGAGGCGCGCGCGGGACUACGUGUGCGGGCUGCCGCGCAAGAUCCGGAGGAUGGAGGAGAAGGCCCAUGAUAGGGCGGCCCAGGCCCAGAAGAAGCCCACGUCUGUCCCGUUUAGCUGGAUCUUCGAUAGGCCCGUCAGUGUCGUGAUCCCGUAA